GAGCCGGAGCCGGGCCCGGGCUGGGCUGCUGAGGGGCUGAGGCGGGCCCCGCCGGGUGGUCGUUAGCGGAAGGAUGACCACUCCCGCCCUGCUGCCGCUCUCCGGGCGGAGGUUGCCCCCCCUGAACCUGGGGGCCUCCGCCUUCCCGCACCACAGGGCUACCUUGAGACUCUCCGAAAAAUUUAUCCUGCUCCUUAUUCUUAGUGCCUUCAUCACCCUGUGCUUCGGGGCGUUCUUCUUCCUCCCCGACUCCUCGAAGCACAAGCGCUUUGACCUGGGCUUGGAGGAUGUGCUCAUUCCUCAUGUGGACACCAGCAAAGGGGGCAAGAACCUCGGCGGCUUCCUCAUCCACGGGCAAGGGCACGACGAGCACCGGCACAGAGAAGAAGAGGAACGUCUGAGAAAUAAGAUCCGAGCAGAUCAUGAAAAGGCUCUGGAAGAGGCUAAGGAGAAAUUGAAGAAAUCGCGUGAUGAGAUUCAAGCUGAGAUUCAGACAGAAAAGAACAAAGUAGUGCAAGAGUUGAAAAAGAAAGACAGCAAGCCACUGCCCCCUGUUCCUUUACCAAACCUUAUAGGGAUAAACAGUGGAGAACCAGCAGACCCGGAUAUCCGAGAGAAGAGGAACAAAAUUAAAGAGAUGAUGAAGCAUGCCUGGGACAAUUAUAGGCAAUAUGGAUGGGGACAUAAUGAGCUCAAACCAAUUGCCCGGAAAGGACAUUCCACCAACAUAUUUGGAAACUCACAAAUGGGUGCUACCAUAGUAGAUGCAUUGGAUACUCUUUAUAUCAUGGGGCUUCAUGAUGAAUUCAGAGAAGGACAAGAGUGGAUUGACAAAAAUCUUGAUUUCAGCGUGAAUUCCGAAGUGUCUGUUUUUGAGGUCAAUAUUCGCUUCAUUGGCGGUCUUCUAGCAGCAUACUACCUUUCAGGACAAGAGGUUUUCAAGAUCAAAGCAGUGCAACUGGCAGGAAAACUUCUUCCAGCCUUCAACACACCUACGGGUAUACCAUGGGCAAUGGUGAAUCUGAAAAGCGGUGUGGGUCGAAACUGGGGCUGGGCUUCUGCCGGCAGCAGCAUCCUUGCUGAAUUUGGUACUCUGCAUAUGGAAUUUGUCCACCUCAGCUAUUUGACAGGGGACCCUGUAUACUACAACAAGGUCAUGCACAUUCGGAAGUUACUUCAAAAAAUGGAUCGUCCUAAUGGACUUUAUCCAAAUUAUUUGAAUCCAAGAACAGGCCGGUGGGGUCAGCAUCACACAUCCGUGGGCGGGCUGGGAGACAGUUUUUAUGAAUAUUUAUUGAAAGCGUGGCUUAUGUCAGACAAGAUGGACACGGAGGCAAGGAAAAUGUACGACGAUGCAAUUGAGGCCAUAGAAAAACAUCUCAUCCGAAAGUCCAAUGGAGGACUGACCUUCAUUGGGGAGUGGAAGAACGGGCACCUUGAAAGAAAGAUGGGCCAUUUGACCUGUUUUGCAGGGGGAAUGUUUGCCCUUGGAGCAGAUGGUUCCAGAGAUGAUAAAGCUGGACAUUAUUUGCAGCUUGGAGCUGAAAUUGCACAUACGUGUCAUGAGUCAUAUGACAGGACAACAUUAAAGCUGGGUCCAGAAGCAUUUAAAUUUGAUGGCGGUGUAGAGGCGGUGGCAGUGCGGCAGAAUGAGAAGUAUUACAUCCUAAGACCAGAGGUGAUUGAGACCUACUGGUAUAUGUGGAGAUUCACCCAUGAUCCCAAGUACAGGCAGUGGGGCUGGGAAGCAACGCAGGCAAUUGACAAGUAUUGCCGAGUCAGUGGUGGCUUUUCUGGGGUCAAGGAUGUCUAUUCCUCAUCUCCUACAUAUGACGAUGUACAGCAGAGCUUUUUCCUUGCUGAAACUUUGAAGUAUUUGUAUCUGCUUUUCUCCAAUGAUGACCUUCUACCAUUAGACAACUGGGUUUUUAACACAGAAGCUCAUCCUCUGCCUGUUUUACAUUUAGCCAACGCCACACUGUCAGGAAAUCCUGCAUAUCGAUAAAAACAGCUCUAUGAAGAGGAAGAGAGACUGUUUUCAGCUCUGUUUUGUUUACAUGGACCACUUGAGACUUUAAGCAGGAGAGGAGACAGACACUUGAUAAAACUAGACCUCUGAAUCAAGCAAGUACCGGCGUGAGAAAUGAAGCUCUUCACAUAUAGCUAAGUUAAAAGUUCUGUUUUAUACAUGACCAAAACACAUUAGUGUGGUAUUUGCAGGACAGAGACUUCAUGUGCUUUGAACCCUAGCAAGACAUGGAAUCUACUGUUUAAUAUAAACGCAGCAGCAUAAGGAAGAAGAGGCUUUCCCAUGUGGGGAGAGGAACUUGCUGCUGCUGCUGUUCGCUGUUGCAAGGAACAACACACCAGUCACCUCUUCAGGUCGGGUGGGUUCCAAAUACCUAGAAUUUAUUUUUCUUUUUUUUUUUUUUUGUUUGUUUGAUGAUGGCAUGAACAAAGCAAAAACAAAAAGCAACAUCACUGCACCAGCAGCAUCAGGAUUUGAAUUUUUUUCUGUACCUGUCUGAAUUUUCUAAGGAGUUUGUGUUUGUCCAGACUGGCAGCCAUUCUCAGGGCCUCUAAGCUAUUAAAAAUAAAGUCUAUAAAAUUGCCGCCUCAUUUUCCCUUUUCAAAAUAAUGCUGAAAGAUCUGUGUUGUAUGCUUACAUCCAAAAAGACAAUGAGUAAGCAUUUGGUUUGUAGUUCACUGUCAGCGAUGUGGGUUUAGUUCAUUUGGCAAGCUACAGUCACAGUCUGGAGCAUAUCGCAGGGGUAGGAAGGAGCCUAAGUUUCCCUUCCUCACAAAUCCUGUCACAUGGUAAAAAACAUUCUCUUAUUAGUCCUGGUUCUUUUAGCUAAAUAAACAGAGAUGACAACAUGAGAAAAACAGUCUCUUGUGAUUUAUCUAGGAGGAUACAGUAUAUGGCACUUAAAAAUGCUCCCCUUGAGCUAAGCAGCAGGAGUUUGUUGCUUUAUAUUUUUCCACACAGUCUGGAUUUUUCCAAAAAGUUAAAUUUCAUUCUUUGGAUACUAUUCAUGGAACCUUCUUUGCAGAUAUGUGUAUGACAGAAGCCCAAAACUGCCUUUGAUUUAGUUUACAAAACUCCUUUUCUUCUGGGUGCUCCAGUACAAAGCCAACAUGAUCUUCCUUGGAAGCAACAUAACAUCUCUUACAUAUGAGUGGAAAAAGAAACUGAAGAGUCUCUUCUUCCAUUAGUUUAUGAGAAAUGAGAUGCUGCUACCUGCAUGGGUUUUUUUUCCAAGUACUCCUUGGCUGGACUGGACAGUAUCCCUUAAACAGAGUCUGCUUCAGUCUUCACUUAUUUGCUAAAAGAAAUUUCAUCUUUUCGGGUAUAUCUCAAUCUCUUUUUUUUUUUACUGUUGUUCUGGAAUCCUUACAGCUCAAAUUAUUCUUUGCGUAAGGGGAAUAGCCUUUAUAGCUCUCAAAUCCUUUCGCCAUGGUGACUGGCCCCUCUGCUGAAAAAGAGCUGCGAGGUGCUCCUUUCCCUCCUAAUUAGUGCACAGGUUGAGUCUGUAAAAAAAAAUCUUGGUUGUGUUUUCAUACUGAAGUGAGUGGAAGAACUCUUCAGUGAGCGACAGCAGUACAGGAUCAGAUCUAAAGGGAGUGAGUGCUAUUUGUCCCCCUCAGAAAAUGUUUUUAUAUGAAGUUUUAUAUAUAAAAGCUUUUCUCUCUAUCAUAUUAUGAUAUAUACCUCCCUGUACCUUAUAGUAGCAUUUCCCCCAUAAAAUUUUCCUUCACUCAUCUUUGACACUAACUUAGACAUAGAAAUCAUCACAUGAUCUAAGAAGAAAAAAUGCUGUCGGAUGCUUUUUUCCAGACACUUACUUUAGUUUAAGGGGCAGAAGACGCAGAGCUUGGAAAAAACUCCAAUCUCAAUGUUUUUACUUUAAUACCAGUUACUUAAGUUACUGUAAUUUGCAGCAGUAUCUUAAAAAUAAUUUGAGACCCGAUAAAGUAAUUGAUACAGUAAAUAAUACUGAUUCAAGUAAUUGUUUAUUUAAAAUUAGAAGUAGCUUAAUAAAUGGAUUCUUCUUACUGGUCCCGCAUUAAUUUAUUUUUCUAAUUAGUAUUCAGUGACUUACUGAAGAGCUAGUCAUUUUCCAAAGUUCAGAUACAUUGUGUUUUCAAAUUAAGUUUUUCCUAUCCCAUGAGAGCUGUUAUUAGUUUAAAACUGCACUCGAUUGCCUUGUUCUCCUAAAUCUCUCUGGGUACAAAG